AGUCUUAUUUAGUGCUGCAGGAGAGAGUACAACAGGGUGAAGAAUAGUAACACCACUGAGUGAGGUGAAGUCCAAGUGAGAAGGAGCAACAUGGAGAAAACUACAUGGAAACUUGGUUUGUUCCUGAUGAUUUUAAGUACUGUUUCAGAGACUUCUAACAGUUUAGUGGAGGGUUUGGAAUCAAGACUGAGUUAUGACUACACCAAAUAUCACCCCAUGCAUGAGAUAUACAGGUGGAUGGAAGAUGUGGAGCGAGGGAACCCAGAGCUGGUCUCUUCUUCUGUCUAUGGACGCACUUAUGAGGGAAACAAUAUCACCCUGCUGAAGUUGGGACUAAAAAACCCAGAAGUCAAAGAGAAGAAGGUUAUAUGGGUGGACUGUGGUAUCCAUGCACGAGAGUGGAUCGCUCCUGCCUUCUGCCAGUGGUUUGUCAAAGAGAUUGUGCACUCGUAUAAAACCAAUAAGAAGCUGGAGCAGAUGCUGCAGAACCUUGACGUCUAUGUUACUCCUGUGAUCAAUGUGGACGGAUACAUGUUUACCUGGAAAAAUGACAGCACUCGUCUGUGGAGGAAGUCUCGUUCGAGCCCUCCUCCAGGCAGCAGCUGUUAUGGUGUUGACCUCAACAGAAAUUUUAAUGCCAACUGGGGAACCGUUGGAAUAUCAUUUGACGGUUGUGCAAACACCUACUGUGGGAAAUCAGCAGGGUCAGAGCCGGAGGCUGAAGCUGUGAUGGGUUUUGUUGGUAAGAUGGUUAACCAGACUCUGUGUUUCCUCACCAUCCACUCUGCUGGGCAACUUAUACUCUUACCGUAUGGCCACCCUGAGAUCUCCGCACCCAACUAUGAUGAACUGGUUUCAGUCGGUGAGACAGCAGCAGCAGAGAUGAAGAAGGUACAUGGAAUGGGCUACACCGUAGGAACAUCUCCACAAAUCCUCUAUCCAAACUCAGGCUCAAGCCGCGACUGGGCUCGUCUCAUUGGCAUCCCAUUCUCCUACACCUUUGAGCUGAGAGACAAAGGUGAGUUCAGCCACCUGCUGCCAGAGGAGCAGAUCAAGCCGGCCUGUGAGGAGGCCUACGCAGGAGCUCUCUCCAUCAUCACACAUGUUCACGACAAGGCCUUCAACAGCGCUACCCUCCCUAACGCUGCUGUUUCUGGCCUCUCUAUGGUGAUUUUGAGCACUAUCAUGUGUGUGUUUCUAACAACAGGGGUCUUUGUGUAAGACGGUGGAACUGUCAACUGUACAAGGUUGUUUCACAAAUGAUUAGAUGAGGAUAAACUGGACAGGUAUGUAGUCUAUUUUAGACCUGUAGUCUUUCUGACUGAGGCAUUUACCCGAAGUCAUUAAUGACAGAUAUAGCUAAUAAAAUUGAUAU